AUGGCCGUGGUGGCAGUGGAGGUGAAAAGAAAAUCUUACCUAAGGGCAGAAGAUGAACAUUCAGGGGCCGUCAUGAAACCACUGGUGUUCCACGUGGAUGAAACCACCCCUGCAGUCAUGCAAAGUGUCCUCCUGGAGCAUGGUUGGAAUAAAUUUGAUAAACGAAUGCAAGAUGUUGAAGACUGGAACCUGUACUGGAGGGCUUCGUCUUUUCCAAUGAUCAAGCAUGCCAACCUCAAGCCUUGGCAGUGACUGAAUCACCACCCAGGAACAGCCAAACUCACCAGGAAGGAUGAUUUGGUAAAGCUCCUAAAGUACAUGAAGGGGGUCUACAGCACUUCCCUUUAUGAAUUCAUUCCUCUGACGUUCAUCAUGCCCAACGACUAUCACAAGUUUGUAGUGGAGUACUCCAAAGAGAGACAGAUGCUGGGUACUAUGCCCAGCUACUGGAUUUGCAAGCCCGCAGAAUUAUCUCAUGGAAGGGGCAUCAUAAUUUUCAGUGACAUCAAAGACUUAGUCUUCGAUGAUACAUACGUAGUGCAGAAAUACAUCUGCAACCCUUUUGUUGUCGGUAAGUAUAAAUGUGACCUCCGUAUUUAUGUCUGUGUCACUGGCUUUAAGCCUCUGACCAUUUAUAUUUACCAGGAAGGGUUAGUGCGGUUUGCCACAGAAAAGUCUGACCUCAGUAAUUUGCAAAACAAUUAUGCCCACCUGACCAACAGCAGCAUCAAUAAAUUGGGGACCUCCUACGAGAAGUUCAAAGAAGUGGUCGGCCAUGGUUGCAAAUGGACCCUCAGCAGGUUCUUCUCCUAUCUCCGCAGCUGUGAUGUGGACGACCUUCUCUUGUGGCAAAAAAUCAACCACGUGGUCAUCCUGACGGUGCUCGCCAUUGCUCCGUCAGUCCCCUGUGCUGCCAACUGCUUCUAGCUCUUCGGGUUUGAUGUUCUGAUUGAUGACAAUUUGAAACCAUGGCUCUUAGAAGUCAACUUCAACCCAGCCUUGUCCUUACACUGUUCCACUGAUGUGUCAGUGAAGAGGAAACUCAUCCACGAUAUCAUCUAAUUGAUUCACAUAACUGGCCCAAGGAACAAGGGGAAAGGAUGUGGCCAUGCCUCCGAGGGUGAUGCCAAUGUCUCGUUUGCCAAGAGUGAUAGAGGUAGACUCAGUAAGGUGUACAGUUCUCCACCUUAUGGGUCUUUCUUACAGGUCACAGGUAGAGCAUUCACUAGGGAUGAACCCGCUAUGGAGAAAGUUGAAAGAACAUGUCCUAAAAAUACACAGACCUCCCAGCUUACAGAACGAAUGAACAAGCAAAAUGUACUUCUAGCAAUAACAGAGCUGCCCAAGAUCAAACCCAAGUUAAGGAGCAGGCACACGCCACACAAGUCCUUCAUUCCCUACGGUCCACGCAUCCAGGCGCAUAGCUGCAAGAUGAGCAUCUCCCCAGGUCUCCAACCAGACAGCAGAGAAGAGCCUGAACCCCAGGCAGGCAAUUUUGUUCUCAUUUUCCCUUUCAACGAAGCUACUUUUGGAGCUUCCAGGAAUGGAUUAAAUAUCAAAAGGAUAAUUCGAGAGCUCCGGAAGCUUACAAACAAGCAACCAACCCAAGUGGCCAAAAAUGAAACAAAAAGAAGGUGA